AUGGUUCUGCGAUGGAUCGUCAACGUCGGCCUCCUAGCCAUCCCAAUUGGGGGCACCAUCGGCGCCAUCCUGGGCAUUGAAGCCCACCGCCAGGCAAACGGACAGGCACCUCUUUUCGCUGGCGGGGGUAACGAUGGAUCUGGAGGGGGCAGCACGGGUUCUCCAGGGAAUGCCGGCCAUCAUUUCACUGAUAAUGGGGUCACCUAUUCGCAGUAUUGCCGAAAGUCAUAUGGUAUUCCGCCGGAGUCGACGGGACAACACUUUACAUUUAACCCAAAUCAGUGGGGCGUCACAUCUAGCACCGUCGGAGGUUUAUGUAUGAAUAUCACAACCUUCGACAACCAAACCUACGCAACGAAAUAUACCGCUCCCGAGUUCUCCGCAUCCUGGUACUACGCGCAAGGCGACGCGGACCAGCCUACGCACGCGUACCCCAACGUCAUGGUGGACGACAUCCUCCCCGUCGAGUUGCAGAAGAUGUCAGCACUCAACCUUGACUUCGAGUGGGCGUACGGCGUGGGAAAUACCACCGCCGCGUCAACUGACGUCGCUACUCUCACGACCGCUGGUCUCAACGGCAACGUUGCUAUCGAUAUGUUUUUCGACGCCGACUCCACCACGGCGCAGGACAGCCAGAAGGCCAAGUACGAGGUUAUGAUCUGGUUUGCCGCGUUCGGGCCCGGCACUCAGCCUGUUGGGCCCGGGAAUGUGGUGACCACUCAUGUGUUGGACGGGACGAAAUUUGAGCUCUUCAGCGGCGUAAACGGCAUCGGCCAAACCGUCCUGACGUGGAACGCGACCCAGGUCACGGAUACAUUUAACGGGGACAUUUCCCCACUCAUCACGGAUCUGUAUAACCUGGGUGCCGAGGGGUACCCGGAGAAAACGGAUUAUCUGGGUGUGUUCCAGUUAGGCACGGAGGCGUUUUACUCGAAUGGCUGGGUUACAUUUUCGGUGCCCACUCUUUCGGUUGACAUACAGGUUUAG